AUAUCUAAGAAAAAACAAAAAAAAUGAACUAAACUUAACCAAGAGGAGCAAAACGUUUAAACGGCUUUGAUAAACCUACAGUAUGGUCAAUAUUUUCACCUUUAUCAAUCGAAUACAAAUCAAUAAAUUUAGGAUAAGGUUUUCCAAAUUGGUCUCCUCCUGAUUUUUUUUUAAAAGCACUCGAAAAAAAUACAUAAGAAGGUAAUCAUUAAUACACUCGGGCAUAUGGUUUACCUUAUUUAGUCAAAGUAAUAAGUGACUUUUAUAAACCAAUAUUUAAUCGAGAAAUAGAUCCAUAAAAUAACAUUUGUGUAAGUGCAGGUGGUGUAAGUUGCUUAAACGCAAUCUUUUUAGGAUUAAUAGAUCCUGGAGAUCAAGUUAUAUUAUUGGAUCCUUCAUAUGAUUGUUAUAGAGCAUAAAUCUAGAUGGCCGGAGGAAUUGCAAGGAGUGUACCGCUAUUACAUAAAAGAAAUAAUACAUAAAAUAGCCUUAAAUAAAGGUUUGAAUAAGAAAAAGAAUUCAGAAUUACCUAAGAUGAUAUAUGGGAAGUAGAUUAUGAGAAACUAAAAAAUACUUUAAAUGAGAAAACCAAAAUUCUGUUAAUAAAUACACCACAUAAUCCUACAGGAAAAGUAUUUACACUUGAAGAAAUGAAGAAAAUACAUGAAAUAAUAAAGCCUUUUGAAAAAGUUAUUGUUGUGGAAGAUGGAGUAUAUGAACAUUUAUGUUUUGAAUAUGAAAGUUUAAAACUUCCGAGAUUUGCGAAUUUGGAUUGGGAUAGAACUAUUUCUGUUUAUUCAGCUGGUAAACUUUUCUCAGCUACAGGAAUUAGAAUAGGAUGGACUAUUGGACCUUAUGAACUUAUUAAAUAUGUCUAAUCAUUUCACUAAUAUUCAAUUUUUUGUUAACAUGCUCCUAUGUAAGAAAGUGUAGCUAAUGCUUUAGAGAUUUCAAUGAAAAAUAAUUAUUUCGAAGAAACAAAUUAACGUUUAAAAAAAUAGAGAGAUUUGAUAUUAUAGGAACUUGUUAAUUGUUCUAUUUAACUUAAUGUUUGGAUUCCUUAAGGUGGUUUUUUUGUUAUUGCUGAUAUUUCAAAUGUAUAGUUAGAUGAGAAAUAUUAUUUUGAUAAUGAUAAAAAUAUUAAAUAUACGAAAGAUUAUGCAUUUUGUAUGUGGCUUUUGAAAGAAAAAGGAAUCACAACAAUUCCUUGUUCAGCUUUUUAUGAUUAAGAAAAUAUUUAAUAAGGAGAAAAUUUAGUUAGAUUUGCUUUUUGUAAAACAGACGAUUAAAUACUUGAAGCAGGUAUAAGAUUAAAUAUUUGA